AUGGCAGUUAAAAAUGGAACAAACAUUCCGCGGUCAUGGGUUGAGAACAGUAGGGCAGGAAGCGACUGGCUGUACGGAUUCAUGCAGCGUCAUCCUAAACUCUCUCUGCGCAAACCAGAAGCCACAAGUUUGUCGAGAGCUACCAGUUUCAACAGGAAAAAUGUUGGCGAAUUCUUUGAUAACCUUGAUUCCGUAAUGAAGCGUAACAAGUUUGAGCCAAAUUCCAUAUAUAACAUGGACGAAACCGGGUUAACUACCGUUCAAGUGCCGUCCAAGAUCAUUGCCGAAACAGGUAUAAAGCAAGUGGGAAAGAUUACUUCGGCCGAAAGGGGACUUCUUGUGACAAUGAUAGGAGCAGUCAAUGCACUAGGAAACUCCAUACCUCCGUGCUUCAUUUUUCCUAGAGUCAACUUCAGAGAACAUAUGCUGAGAGGUGCGCCACUUGGUGCAGCUGGGUUUGCAAACAAAUCUGGUUGGAUAAAUUCAGAAAUCUUUCUUUCAUGGAUGAAACAUUUCGUAAAACAUGCAAACUGCACACCUUCAACUCCCGCACUAUUACUAAUGGACAACCACAAGAGUCACAUCACGAUUGAUUCUCUCAAUUACGCAAAGGAAAAUGGUCUGGUUCUCCUCACAUUUCACCCCACUGUAGUCACAAACUACAGCCUCUGGACAGAUCGCCCAGAACCAAAAGAAGAUGAUAGCGAAGAGUGUCAGGCUGCGCCAAGCAACGCCGAUGUAAGCUCUUUGCCUGGGACCUCCGGCACUACUGCAUUUCUCACCAGAAGAUGUCAGACCGUUCAACAAAGCCUGUCCGCGAAGAAAAAAGUGUGGGAGAAAGAGCUCAAAGACGCUUGUUCUCACGGAUACGCCGGUGAAAGAGGCUUUAACAGCUAA